AUGGUCUACACAAAUUUUGAGAGAUACAUAGAGAGCCUGUGUGGUAAGGUAGUCAUUGUUACUGGUGCAGCUAGUGGAUUUGGCAAGCGGCUCUCGGAGCAGCUAGCAGAGUGCCAAGCCCAGGUAAUGAUGGUCGACAUCAACCCAGACAUCAAGCUGAUUUCUGAAGAAAUCAACAAGCACGUCGGAACUACUGCAACCGCAUAUGUCAUCUGCGAUGUGCGUAAGGCAUCCUGCAUCCAAGAGUACUUUGAUAAGGCAAUCGAGGUAUUUGGAUACAUCGAUAUUGUGGUCAAUAACGCUGGAAUUGCUAAUGAAUGCUCGCUGUUCAGCCAAAGCGACGAUGUCGAGCUUGAUAGAAUCAUCGACAUUAACCUGCGUGCGCCUAUGGUGGCGACCCGUAUUGCCGUCCGGUAUUUCAAGCAAACAGAAAGACAAGGUGUCGUGGUUAAUACAGCGUCAGUCGGUGGGUUAUUGCCGAUUUCGCUGAUGGAGAGCUAUGGUACUACAAAAGCAGGCCUGAUUUUCUUCACAACGUCAUGCCGCGGACUGGCACCGGGUAUACGUGUUAAUGCCGUCGCACCGUACUUUGCUGACACGUCGCUGGUUGCGCACAACCGACUAGUAAACUCGUACCCACUCAUCAGGCAGAUUGGGCUGAUGAGCACAGACAAGGUUGUCAAGACCAUGAUCAAGGCAGUGUGCGAUGAGACACUGGCAGGUGACACGCUGCUAAUCUCAAUGGGCAACAAGGCACUGAAGCUUUGCUUCUACGACAAGUUGACUGCCGAUGUUACGUCAUACAUUGCCAGUGGGACGGUGAGCAAGUAUGCUGGCAACAUAUACAAGCUGUUCGCAUCCGGUUUAGAUUACGUUAUCAAGAUGAUUAGAAGCCCGGUUGACUAAGCUGUAGGGUGAUAUUACAUGCAUGAUCUUUACCUAUAUAUAAGAUUUUAUUGUCCAAAAGGUGUCCGAACGUC